CGUGUGGGGCGCGGGCGUCGCCCCCGCUGCGGCCACGCUCUCGCGCGCUGGCCGCUAACGGCUGCCGAGGCCCGCAAAGCGUCCCGGGCCCGCGCUGCCUGAGGAGGGAGGUCCGAGGCGGGUGGGGACCUCCUGGGCGGGGGGCGCCCCGAUGUCCUGAAGGGCGGAGGGAACGGGGGCAACGUAGGUAGAGCUGGAGGCGGGGAGAGAUCCCUUUCGUUCAGGGCAGAGUCGGCCUCGCCGGCCCUAGGACGGCCUUCCGCGCCCUCCGCCAACUCGGAGAGCACCUGGGCGGUGAGCCCCGGCCCUACCCAGGCUGGCAAAGGCCGGCCCGGGGCUGGGACGCGCUCCCUCUAGCCCCGAUCGGUGCUCUCGCCGUGCUUCAAGGCUCUGCCUCUCUCCAGUGAGGAGAGCCCCUUUGCAGAGGAGCUUACAGAGGCAACGAUGACAAGCAACACCCCAAAAUCUGAUGAAAACAGAAGUAAACGUAAAAAAGAGAUGGAGAAUGAAGCUUCAGAAAAUCUUCAGUUGUCCUCGCUUGACAAAACAGAUUUGGCUUUUACUGAGGGCUCGCAGUCACUUUACAAACCUGAACCACUGGAAAAAGUUUUAAAUGAGAUGAACAAAGAAAUUAAGAGCUUGUUAUCAAAAUAUGCCCACAUUCUAAGGCAAAGAGCAGCGAUGGAUGCUUCCUACGUCCAAGAACUUGAUGGAAUCUUAAAAGAAGCAAGGACCAUAGAAAACCACUUAAAACAGAAAAGGGAGAGUCUAAAACAGAGAUUCACUGUGAUCGCAACUACUCUGCAAAGCUAAAUGGAGUUUGUUAGAUUGCAGAAAUGCAGAGUAAAACUUGUGUAAAUUUUACAUAUUAAAAUAUAAACGAUGAUGAAUGUUUCAUGAAUGUCUUAUGUAAAUAUUUCUAGCAGUUCAGGAAACCUUCAACAACUUAAGCAGCAACUUUUUUUAAUAAGUAGAUACAAUACAUAGGGUAGUGGAAAUUAGUUAAAAACAAUACUAAACAUCCAUUUUAAAUCCUAUGAUCCCAAGGCAUUCUACACAUUAAAACAUCUUUUUUUACUUGUUGACCCAUUGCUUUGGCUGACGCUGUGCUUCCAUCCCUAGAAAAUACUGGGAGCAUUUGAAAAAUAAUUUAGAAUGAAUUUUGCAUUGGUUGGCUUUAAGGCUGUGGAAGUUCAGUACAACUGAGCUCAGAUGCAGCCAUGGUAUUUCUAAUGCCACCGCAAAGGAUGUUUUUAUUGUCACAGCCAAUCUUUUGCCCUAGAACAUAGUAUAGAAACAUUUCCAUGAAACGUAGAAUUUUGAAAUAUAAGGAGAGACCUCAGAUUAUUUCAUAUUAACAUUUUUCUUUUUUUUUUUCAUUCUACUCUAGAAAAUAUUUUGGUGCUAAAGCUUAGUAGAAUGUACUUGCAAUCUUAUUUCCAUUUUGUCUCAGAAUAUAAAUAGAUUGAAAAGAUGAGCAUAGGAAUAGGAGAGUUCUAUUAAGAAUACUACUUUGGGAAAUGUAUAAAGAGGUACGUAGUCUUAAUUUGAAAAUACAUUUUAAUACUUCUACAGCUUUUCAAAUGAAACCAAGGCCAUUUUGAUAUAAACAUAAAAGCACAUAAUAAAAACUUUGCUAGUAAUGUCAAUAAAUAACUAGAUAAUGUUAACAUAAUUUAGAAUUACAUUCCUGGGUUUUGUUUUGUUAUUUCGAGACAUCAGUGUCAUUUGCUGUAUAUCUAAUUUAUUUAAGGAUGCUGGUGGAGUUUUGUAAGCACUUUUUCUUUCUCGUCAUUUGACUCUGUUAAAAAAGUUGAAACAUAAAAUGUACAAAGCAUUAUUUGUACAAAUUGUGAGGCUAAUGUAAUAAAGAAAAGUGCUAGAUAGUCCUGUUGCUAGCAUAAGAUAUAUUUAUAUAUCUUUACCCCAGUACUUUGUAUUAAUUUUCUCUUUUAAUCCUUUCAGAUGUAAUCAGUACCUCUUUCCCCCUUUUUUUAUUAGAUAGAAGUCACAAGCAAAUCUGUUACCAGUCAGACUGGUACUACUUAAAAAUAAUGAGAGAAACUGGACAUCUAGGGUGAGAUUUUUCAAGGUAUUUGGAUGCCUAAAGAUGCAGAUAUGUACUUAGUAGGAUUUUCAAAGUGCCUAAGGAUGUAAGCGCCUUACAUACUUAGGAAUUUUUUUUUAAAUCCCAUAAGGUGCCUAUCUGCAUCUUUAGCAUCUAAAGACUUUCAAAAAUCUCACCACAAGUCUGCCUCAUAUUUUACCAGUCUCUUACUUUUUCCUAAUAAUUGUAUCUCGUUUUGUAAUCAGUUUUGAUAAUGCUGUUUAAACAGAAGGAAGUGAGAGAAAAAGAGAAUAUUUUUGAAGUUACAUUUUCUAGACUAUUGUGCUAAGUAUUUCUAAAAUCUACAAUCAUCUAUAAUGAUGAAAAAAUGCAGAGUUUUAAAUUGUCAUCUAUGCCUAAAUUCAGAAAUUUAUGGAUAGUUAUUUAUGUAAGCCUUCAAAGAAAAGUUACACCACUUUCAUUACCGUUAAAUAUCUGCCUGUUAUCAGAAUCAGAAGCUUGCUGCAUUUUCUCUGUGCUUAGGAAAAUGCAACCGAUUGAGAUCACCUGGAUUUAGAUCAUCCUGAUUUAGUUUACGAGGCUAAUACAUCCAAGCUGCAAACCUUUGGCUCUUAUAUUAAGUAUUAUUAAGAAGCAGAACUUAGAAAACUAUUGGAUCACAUAAUCUAAGUUUCUUCCCUUCGGGGAUCAGGAGGGCACAGACCCAUAGUGUUACUGUUCCAGCAGUUUGCUCCAUUUAAAAGCUUCAUAAAAUCCAGUAAAAUUUAGUAAAACUAUAUUUAGAAGACUGAGCAACUGCUUAGUCUCGCAUUCAAGUGCAGUUAAAUUCAGGACUUACCUCUCUAAAUGAUGCCUCUUAUGUUUCUACGGUGAUUUCUCCUCAUGCAGUUGGUUGUCAUUACAUGUUAGAAUUUAGAGUGGGAUCUCUGUGGUAGUAAGGGGAUUUUCGAAUUUGAAAAGGCAGUGAAAGUCAAGUCAGUAAGUACGGCCAUAGUAACCUAGCUGAGAUUAUGAACUGUGUGGUUAUGCUUACUAAGGGGAAGUCAUUCAAAGCUUUGUAAGGUUUUGAAACAGGAAUUUAAAAAAAUCAUUUUUUAAUUACUAAGAGCAACAAAGCUGCUGGUUUUGCUGCACAAAUCUAUGUGAGGCUAUAUAUAAAAAUAAACACUGACCAAGUAAAAUGAAUAAAAAUACGUAGUUUUAUAAAGUUCCAGCUUGAAAUGGUAAGUUCAGAAAGUUUAAAACAUCAAAUGAAAAUAAACCAGUCUCUCUUCUUUUGAGGUUAAAAAUACUUCAGAAAUGGAAAUACCCACUCACUGGUUGAUUUCAUGCAUAGGUAUCUUCCUGUUUAAAUGGCAGCCUUCCAUAGUUACUUUGCUGGCUAAAAAUACAGAGCAUUUUUCUGUUGGCCGCCCUUCAGUGUUUGACUCAAUAUCUAUAUAUAUGGGAAUACUC